AUGCCAGACUCCCGUGAUCCCUUGACAGAGGAUGACCUCUUCCGUGCCGGUCUCCAAGUACGCCGCGAAGUCCUUGGCGACGACUACGUGAACAAAGCCAUCCAGGAGCCCAAUGGCUUCACGCAACCUCUCCAGGAAGUCGUAACCAAAGCAGCAUGGGGAAUGGUCUGGACCAGGCCUGGGUUAAGUCGAGCCACGCGAUCCAUGCUUAACAUUGCGCUGUUGAGUGCGCUGAAUCGGUCCGAUGAACUCGCACUUCACCUUCGCGGGGCAAUCCGAAAUGGAGUCACCAAAGCUGAGAUCCAGGAGGUUAUUCUUCAUACAUCUAUGUAUGCUGGUAUGCCCGCGGCAGUGUCGUCGUUCAAGCUUGCCGAUCGGGUUCUGACGGAAAUGGAGAAUGAGCCAAAGAGGGAUUCUAAGCUGUGA